AACUUUAAGCUAAACUUUCCAAAAAGUCUGCUGGUCGGAGCCACGCAGAGAGGAACGCAUCAGGCAGCAGCAUCGUCUGGAACUGGGUUAUCCUGCAGCCUCAAGUUCGGAUCGCGGUUCCUCCAAGUUCAGCACGACAUGACCUUUGUCCGGAGUGGCUACAAGCUGAGAGCAUCGCGGUGACCCGCACACCCUCGUCUGGGAUAGCCACUGGACCAGUUCAGCUAGAAACGUAUUUGGUUCUGUGACACCAUGUGGGUCACUUGGUGCUUAGCACUCUGGGUCGUUUGCCUCAUAAAGUCAUGUACAGGUGGAACACUUGUUUCAAGCUCAGGAAUUUUAUGUCCCAGUUUACAAGUAGAAGGAUGGAGAUUUCAGGAAAGGAACCCUGUAAAUAUCUCAGGAUUUAAUCUUAUUAGAAGGUUUGCUCUUUUAAAAACGCCAUCUAUUAAGAAGAUUCGUAAUCCCAAGGGACCACUGAUUUUACGACUGGGAAGUGUAAAUCUAGUUAAACCAACAGAGCAGGUGCUACGCCACGGUAUUCCAAAAGAAUUCACAUUUGUAACGACAGUGAGACUUAAAAAGACAACUGUAACAGAAGACUGGUACAUCUUUCAAGUGACUGACCAGGAGGGCUAUGCACAGAUUUCUUUGGGAUUGUUUGGGAUUGAAAAAAGUCUGGAAUUCAGAGCCAGUGGGCAGUAUAAAGACUAUGUGAGCUGUGUUUUCAACGGCCUUGGAGUGGCUUCCUUGUUUGAUUCGAUGUGGCAUAAGAUAACCGUUAGUGUACAGAGAAAGGUAGCAUCUGUUCACAUAGACUGUGGUUUCAUUGAAACAAAGCCACUGGAGGAAUGGACAGGCAUCAUUAGCCCCGGUCAUGUGAUGCUUGGGAUAAAUGCUAAAGAUGGAAAUGCUGUGGAGUUCGACCUACAACAGAUGGUAAUUUAUUGUGACCCAGCCUUGGCCCUGAGGGAAGCUUGCUGUGAGCUGCCAGAUGUAAAGUGUUCCAUAGAGAUACCCACAAAUGUGAGAGAGAAAGAGAAUGAAUUCCAUAUGAAUAGUGAACUCCUACAAAGUGACGGUACAUAUGAAACAGAUGCACACAGUGAUGGCAAAGAGACCACAAAAUGCAACUGCUCACAGGAGUCCUCGGUGGAUAAGAAUUAUCAAGAACACCCUGACCCAGAUAUGGUACAAGCAGAUGAAGGUUACAAAGGGCAGGCUGAUAUAAAGAUGAUGCAGAUUGAUAAGUGUCCUACGUGCUCUGAUGACCUUUGGGAAAAGGAGCGUUCACGAGGUAGUCGAAGUAUAAAGGGUACAAAAGGAGAACGAGGACUACCUGGAAUACCUGGACAAACUGGAGACAAAGGACAAAGGGGUAGAGACUGCAUUCCCAGUGCGACGGGAGAGCCAGGUGUGUGCAUUGAAGGACAGAAGGGAGCAAAAGGUGAUCAUGGAGCUGCAGGAGACAGUGGAAGGCCUGGACUAAAUGGACAUAAAGGGGAAAAGGGGGAAAAAGGUGAUGCAGGAGAAAAAGGAACACGGGGUUUGGCAGGCAUUCCAGGUGCCAAUGGUCGGCCAGGAGAAAUAUGCGUGGUUGGUCCAAAAGGUCAAAAGGGAGACUAUGGGCCUGUAGGACCUGAAGGGCUUGCUGGAGAACCAGGCCCACCUGGGCCACCGGGACUACCAGGAAUAGGUUUGCCAGGAAAACCUGGAGAUCCCGGAGGCCCUCCUGGACCAAAAGGAGACCAGGGAAACCCAGGAAGCCCAGGACCUGGUGGUGAAAAGGGAGGUUCUGGUCCACCAGGACAUACAGGUCACAAAGGAGAGAAGGGUGAGCCAUGUGAAAUCUGUCCAACAGUUUCAUUCAUUGAUGAGUUACUUAAGAAUAUCAGUGGAGAAAGAAUCAGACUGAAAGGGAGCUACAGUCCUGAUGCAUCAGGGCAGCCUGGAUUACCUGGGCAUCCAGGCUUGCUAGGUGUGAAGGGGGAGAAGGGAGAAGCAGGUCAUCAAGGACUAAAAGGAGAAAAGGGUGACUCCUGUGGAAUAUGUCCAACAGCUGCACCACUGCCUGCUGGCAUUCAGAAUGUUGUGGAUGCCCCAAGGAAACAAGAGGCCAAAGGUGAAGUUGGAUCCCCUGGGAGAGGAGAACCUGGAAAGCAGGGUGCAACUGGACUUCCUGGUGUGCAGGGACCAAAAGGAGAAAAGGGCUCUGUUGGUGCAAAAGGAUCAGCUGGGAAACCUGGCGGUAAAGGAGACAAUGGAUUACCUGGAAAAGAUGGAAUAAAAGGAGAUAAGGGUGAUAUCGGAGAGGUUGGUCCAGCUGGAAAAUCAGGAAUAAAAGGAGAAAAGGGAGAUUCCUGUGAUCGUUGUCAUUCUGGCCCAUUUGAGGUUGCAAGGACUUCUACAGUUGUGUCAUCACCAGGAGAGAAGGGGAUUCCAGGUGCAGAUGGAAAACCUGGUAAACAAGGGGAGCAAGGAAUAAAAGGCAAGAAGGGUGAUCCAGGGAGCAAAGGAGAUCCAGGUGAUCCAGGAAAUCAAGGGCUACCAGGGUUGGCUGGAAUAACAGGUCCUCAAGGCCAAGAGGGGAUUAAAGGUGAAAAGGGAGACGCCUGUGAAGUUUGUCCUUCUAUUCCUGAAGGAUUUAAAGAUGUCAUUGGACUUCCAGGAAAACCCGGACCUAAAGGAGACAAGGGUGCUACAGGAAUUGGAGAAUGUGGACAGCCGGGCAUUCCAGGUCUUCCUGGAAUUCCUGGACCACCAGGAAUGAAAGGCACACAGGGAGAACCAGGACCUCCAGGAAGAGGCCUGCCUGGACCAGAGGGAGAAACUGGCCCACAAGGACCCCAUGGAAAACAAGGAUCAACUGGUCUUCCAGGUCCACGAGGAUCACCAGGAUUCCCAGGUGAAAAGGGAGACACUGGAAACAUGGGUCCUCCAGGACCACCUGGAAUUGGCUUACCAGGUCCACCGGGUGCUGCUUGUAAGCCUGGAGAAACUGGACAUCCUGGACGAGAUGGCUCUCCGGGUGGAAGAGGAGACAGAGGUCAAAAGGGUGAACCUGGUGAGUGUAGCUGUGGAUCAGGAGUUGGGUCAAGUUCAGUACCAGGAACCGGAUCAGGACCACGCGAACCUAACUAUUCUGGCAUGCCGGGAGCUUCUGGAAUGAGCAGUUUUACUGUCUGGCAACCAGGACCACAGGGCCCCCCUGGGAUACCUGGCCCACCAGGGCCACCAGGGCCCCCAGGUUAUCCUGGGCAUCAGGGCAUGCCUGGGAAUGAUGGAAUGCCAGGCCAACCAGUUUAUGUGUCUCCUUUGUCUAUGGUAGCUGAGCGUGAAAUGGCUGACAUGCGGUCUCCUUUGUCUAUGGUAGCUGAGCGUGAAGUGGCUGACAUGCGGUCUCCUUUGUCUAUGGUAGCUGAGCGUGAAGUGGCUGACAUGCGGAGGGUCUGCCCUGAUUGCAAAGAUGGUUCUCCUGGGGUACCUGGAGGGGCCGGACUCAAAGGAGAGAAAGGGGAACAAGGUCUGCCAGGAACUGCUGGGUUGGAAAACUGUGCAAAGUGUUUUGCUGCGGUUCAAAGAUCAGAAGAGAUGAAGGUGGAAAACAAUCAAGAACGAGCCUGUCCUGGGGUUCCUGGUCACCCUGGCAUUCCUGGGGUCCCAGGAGAGAAAGGAGAGCCGGGUCCAUCGGGUGCUAGAGGAUAUCCAGGGAAUACAGGCCCCCCAGGCCCUCCAGGCUUUCCGGGUCCAUCUGGGUCUCCUGGAUUACCGGGACUUCAAGGUGAACGUGGAUCGCCUGGUGCAACAGGAGAGAAAGGAGAACCGGGUCCCCCAGGAGCACCUGGUUUCCCCGGGAUGAUGGGACCACCUGGUCUACCAGGAACCAAAGGUGAACGAGGUUCUUCAGGUCCAUCAGGAGAGAAGGGGGAACCGGGCCCUCCUGGGACACCUGGUCAGACUGGUAAUGUUGGAAACCCUGGAAUGAAGGGAGACCGAGGACUGCCUGGAAACCCAGGAGAAAAAGGCGAUAAGGGAUACCAAGGACCCCCCGGCUUUCCAGGAUCACCGGGACCUCCCGGUUUCCCAGGAAAAGCUGGAUCUCCAGGUUCUCCAGGUACAGCUGGUGAAAAGGGCAGUGAAGGAAUGACUGGGCCUACUGGGCCAACAGGACCUCCUGGACCUUCUGGUCCACCUGGAAUACAGGGUCCUCCAGGCUUUGAAGGUCCAGAUGGUAAGGAUGGCAAACCUGGUUCACGGGGUGAACCCGGUCCUAUUGGCCCUGCAGGUCCCAUGGGAAUACCUGGUUUCAAGGGGAAACCCGGACACAGAGGACUUCCAGGAAUGAAGGGUGAAUUUGGGCCUCCUGGCCUUCCCGGAGCUGCAGGUAGACCUGGAGAUGAGGGUGAGCCAGGCCCAGGGGGAACUCCAGGACUGAUGGGACCCCCAGGACGAAUGGGCCCCCCAGGAUCUCCAGGACAACCAGGGCCAGCAGGCCUGACAGGACCUGGAGCCAAAGGAGAGAAAGGCUCAGCAGGAGGAAGGGGGCCUCCAGGCCUUCCAGGGGAACCAGGAGCCCCAGGAUUUCCGGGAUCAGUGGGAGAGUCUGGACCUGAAGGACCAGUUGGAAAAGAGGGCCCAGGUGGAAAGCCAGGAGAACCAGGACCAGCAGGGCACAGGGGUGAUCCAGGGCCUCCAGGUGAAAAGGGCUCUCCCGGAGAAAGAGGGAAACCUGGGAGCCCAGGUGGUUCUGGGAAGAGUGGAUCUAUGGGACCCAUUGGACCUAUGGGACCUCGAGGUGAAAGAGGAAGUCCAGGAGAACCAGGAUCUGCAGGCACACCAGGAGUACCAGGAAUGCCAGGGGAUGCUGCUACAGUUAACUAUGAUGAAAUUCGAAGGCAAAUACGACAAGAGGUUAUAAAAGUGUUCGAUGAAAGGAUGGCUUACUAUACAUCCAGGAUGCAACAACCUGUAGAGACGGUUUCAGGCAGGCCUGGUCCACCUGGAAAAGAUGGCCAUCCAGGGCCAGCUGGAAUGCCAGGAGCUCCUGGAAUGCCAGGACAGAUUGGACGAGAAGGAAGGCAAGGACCCCCAGGAAUUCCAGGCCAACCUGGAACUAGAGGAGAGAAAGGAGAGAAAGGAGUUGGUAUCAAAGGAGAAUGUGGAGCACCUGGCUCUCCAGGUAUCAUUGGUCCCCCAGGUUAUGGAAAAAUGGGUUCUCCAGGUCCAAUGGGCCAACAGGGCAUACCAGGAGUACCAGGGACCCCUGGGGUUCCAGGACAGAGAGGAAAAGAUGGGCACUGUGACCCCUCAAACUGUAUGAGUAUGAUGCCAAUGGAAGAAUAUCACCCUAAAAGCCAGUACCAACCCAAAAACAUGAAGGGGCCUUGAAGAGAACUUCACAUCAUGGACUUGUAGGAGCUAAAAGAAACUUCAGCACUGCGGUUUGACUGUUUUUAACCUUUGUUUUUCCUUCAACAUUCACCUUUUAUGGUCAGAUUUGUUUGAUGCUCUCUUCAGCUCAAGUUUGCUUUUCCAUGGAGCAGUACCAUGCAAUUCAAAGUGAUUCUAAUCCCAUAUGGAUGUGUCUCUGGUACUCCCUAAUUAACAGCAGUUCACAUUUUUAGAUAAUUUUCUCUUAAUGUAUCAUAAGUAGGAUCUUUAAAUCUCAGUGGAUUCUGUGUCAAGGGAUCAGCUAUGAAGGAGAAGAUAAAAUGAGGAAUAUGACAUUAGGACACUUGUUUCUGAGUAACAAGGACUGUAGCCAAAACGAAACUCAUCUGGACUCAGCAUGUUGUAUGCAAUGCCACAUGUUUCAUGCUAACCAGGAAGGAAGUAACAACAGCUUGUCUUGGCAGCUAAGGAAGUGUUUCCUAGAGCCCUAUGGGAAAUAUACCGUUCAUGAGCCAACAUUGUAUGAAUAAGCUGUUGUGUGCCUACAAUAUUUAUCAUAUAAACCACACAUGAAAUGGUUUUCACAGGAAUAUGUAUUUUUGUCUUGCUUUUCAAAAUGUUUAACAUUUUUGUUAUUUCAGUAAUAAACACCAACCUCAGGUCGCUGUGCUAUAUUGUACCUUCUCAUAUUUGGAUAAAAUGAUUGCAAUACUCUGUGCAUGGUAUUUAAAAUCAUCCUGUUAUGGUACUUUAAUCUGACUGCUGUCACUAGAUUGUUAGCACUCAACUUCCAUGCCUAAGCUAUUCACAGGGAAUGACAUUUCUUGGUAGGAAGUCGGACGGCAGGUGCCACAGUCAUGCUGGUUCUAUAUGUGCCACACUUUGUUAACUCUGCUUUUUCAAGCUGUAGCUUCUGAAGUUUCUACUGGUUCAUCUCCAUGUCAUUCACUGGCAUUUCUAGGGUGGUUGUUAUGGUGCACUGUUGUGUAAACCAAGGAGACCCCCUGAGGGGUACAGAGUGGGAUGCAUUUUUAAUAUAAAUACUUGGCCCAGCAUUAACAUAAUGCAACAGUACACAUGCCCAGUGUUAAGGUGAUGCAACUACAGAAGUAUAAAAGGCACAGUGAUAACAUAUGAACUGAUAUGGGCAUACACACACACACACACACACACACACACACACACACACACACACACACACACACACACACACACACACAUCCCUCAAGAUUAACAUGCUAAACAUGCACAUUGUGUCCUAAAUUUAAUGGUUUAAUGCAGCACAGUGCCUCAAACAUACACACACACAUACACACACAUUUGCCUGUAUUGUUUGCACACCUGCUGUAAGUCCACAGAUACCUGAAUAUCUCUGUCCAGUUUUAACAUUUCUUCCACUUCAGCACUAUUAGCUACCAUGCUGCAGCCAGGAAUUCCAUCACAGGACCCUAUCAUAUGGUCAUCACAGGACCCUAUCAUAUGGUCAUCACAGGACACUAUCAUAUGGUCAUCACAGGACCCUAUCAUAUGGUCAUCACAGGACCCUAUCAUAUGGUCUUUUGUCCUUUACUCCUUUGACCAGGACUCCGAUAACUAAAACCUGUUAGAGUGAAAAGAGUCCAGUGAGCAGAGCAAAUAUCCAAAGCGAAUGUCUAAAAGGCCAUUUCUUUUCAUGAUAAAACACAUUCAGCUGGUUCCCCGUUAGUGAUCAGUCUGUUGUCACAUUGGGUGCCCUUCAUCACAGAUAAAGUAUUAUUACUUUUUAAAAUUUAUCAAAAUUGUUAAAAAUUGUUUGCAUAAAAUGCUGUUACACAGCUUUCUGCAAAAUGUAUUCCUGAUACAGUAUUGGUUUUAUAAAACAGGCGUUUUGGUACAUGCAAAUUAGAUUUUUUUCAUGGGUAUAUAACUUACAAUUUAGAAAUGUAAAGAAAUAUUUCUUAGUAUUGCAGUUUUGACUCAAGAUAAUCUUAACAUGCAGAUAUUACUGCUGUGUAUACAAAUUCAAACACAUAAAUAUAAAUCCACAUUUAACACUAACACAAGGUAUGGUUAAGUAUGGCGGGACAUUCUCACCGAGCGUUAUGUACAUGGAUAUCUUCCUUGUCUUUAUCUUGCAGAAAAUAUUCAAAAUAGACUGGAACUGUCCCACAGAAAAUAAAGGUCCAAGGAAUAACAUUACAAAUUGUCAGAAUGUAUGCAAAUUAGAUGUACAAUUGCUGAAAAAAAACUAAAGAAACAAUAAAAUGUAAUUUUUCACUUUA